AUGAAGGUGUUUGUAGCUGUUCUCUUGUCGGUGCUGGGCGCCAGUCUGGUUCAAGGGCGAAUUGUGUCCAAAUGUGAGGUGCAGGAGGCGUUGGCCGACCUGCAAGACCCCAACGACCCGCGGGGGCUCACUCCGGACUUGUUGGCCAAAAUCGUGUGUCACGUUGAGCUGGCGUCGGGAUUCAACACCAGCGCGGUGACGAGGCUGGACCACGACGAGUCAAGUGCCUCUUCCGAGGAGAAACCCAAGGAGGUGCACUCGCUCUACGGCCUCUUCCAGCUCAGCAACCAGCUGGUCUGCAGCGACGGAGCAUCUCCGUCCCACAACAUCUGCUCCAUGAGCUGCAACAGCUUGAUCGAUGACGACCUGAGCGAUGAUCUGCAGUGCGUGUCAAAGGUCGCCGGAGCUCUCAAGAAAAAUGGUUUUCGGGCGAAAUUCUUUGAAAAUCUGAAGCAAUGGUUCAUGAACAUCUACCGUCAGUGUGGAAAUAAGACGUCUGCCGACCUGGACGUCUGCGUCCAGCCCUGAUUGGACUCACACUUGUUGUAGAGAAUGUACUCAUGAGAGAAUCUAUUAAAAAAUCAUUGA